AUGGCUUCACCAUUUGGAUGGUACGGUCCUCUCAUAGAUCUCUGCAAUGCCUCUCAUCACAUACGAGAAUUCGUUCAACUUCUCGUUUUCGUUCACCGUUCCUUCCCCAUUCAGUACAAAUCACCCAAAUCUGGAAAAGACCUAACGCGAAUCGACAUUCUAGUCGGGGAUGAUACGACGCCGUAUUUUGGAGUGUCUCUUUUGCAGAGUCAAAUGGGGUCAAUGGUUUCGGCUGGAGAUGUCGCUUUGUUACAGAAUUUCAUGAUUACUAAAUAUGGGGGUGUGGUUGAAGCCAAAACCGUUCAGUGGUCUUCACUGUUUUGCUUGGGCCAUUCUUUCCACUCACUUAUUUCAAAGGAUGUUGAAGAGAUGAUAGCAGGUUGUCGAAUUGGGACAGCAACAAAGGAUAAGUUAAGUAGGGUAAUAAAGUGGGUGCGGCAGUCUCGGACCACUAUCUGCAACAUCAAGUUGCAGUCUACUCAAAAAAUAGAGUACCUGCCUAGAAACUGGACAGUUCUUGAUGAGAGAGUGCCUAAGGACUGCUGUUCACUUAUUGAAGUCUCUCAGCUAACAACAUCGUGCAAGACUAUCGUCCUAGCAUCGAUUUGUGAAAUUGUUCCAUUACGUAACGCCAAGACUUCAGUUGAUACUGUGAAAGAGAAGAUUUCCCUUAGUAGGAGAGUUUGCAAAGCUGAGGAUAAUAACUUGGUGGAAGAUCUCUUAUGCACUGGCUGCCAGCUAUGCGGUUCACCCUUAGGUUCAGAGUCUGAGCAAAAUGCUUUUCCACUAGUUUGUUCGAAAAGUUCAAGCCGCCUUCAUGCAGUAUGCUCGAUAUAUAGGCCUUUCUUGCUAUAUGUGUGGGAUGAGUCGUAUUUCAUGCCAGUUCUGGUCAAGAACAAGGCUGCAGAAAUCUUAUUUGGAAACAUGAAGGCUGAAUAUGUCUAUUCGAGUUUUAGAGAGCAAAAGCUUAAUAAAAAUCCGGAUCCAAAAAAUAUUUCCAAGGAAAAAGAUGCCGAUGAAAGACUUUCUAAUAACCCGAGACUUUCUCGAGAAGGACUUCCCUGUGCCAGUUCAUUAGAGGAGGGUAAGAGCUUGCAAUGGGAGGAAAAGCAUCUUGGUACUAAACCAUUCAACUUCUAUCAUGUCUGGUUAAUUAUUUUAAAAUUAUUGCUGAAACAAGGAAAGAACAGUCCUCUAAAACUUGAGAUCCUUGUUGAGCCCAACAUAGACGUUGAAAAUGGAAAAUUUGAAAUGGUUUCUGCAACAUUGCCCUGUUUUGGCACCAAGUGA